CUUCUAAACCUCCUCUAAGAAAUAUUGAAAAAAAUAAUAAUUUAUUUGAAGAUGAUUCACAAGUCAUGAAUGUUGAAAUUACAGAAAAUAAAAGAAAAAAAAUUUUAAAUCGUACUAACGUAAAGAAAAAAAAAGAAAAUAAAGAACCUUGCUCACAUUCAUGUUCUCAUAUAUCUAAAAAUAUCCAACCACAAAGUGAACAAGCAUCAAAUGCAUUAUCAUCUUCAAUUAGAAGCCCCUCACCUGAAAAUUUUUAUGACCAAUGUUCUUUAACAUCUAAAAUUAGCCAGUCUCCCUUAGCCGAAAGGCAUUCACCUAAGAGUUCAUCAGCAUUAACCACAUCAAACACAAUUAACAUCUCUUCAUCUUUCUUAAUUGGUCUAUUUAAAAGUGACCUUGAAGUCUGUUUGCACUUAGUGCAACAUCUAGCUCUUAUUAAUUUAGUGCUAAGCAUGAUAAAUGCAGAUGCUCAAGAAUCU